AUGUCUUUGAAACAAGAGGUUCAAGAGGCGACAAAUCCCGAGUUUAAUGAAAAUGAUUACAUUAGGGAUCCAGAAUCCCCUUUCAAUGAUGUAAAUUCAGAUGCAGACGAACAACAAGUAAAUCCUGAAACUAGUCAAGAGUUUAUAACGGAAAAUCAAGAACAGACACCAAUAUUAAACCCUGAUGAUGAUGAACCUAAUAUUGAUGAUGAUGAAGCUAACAUUGAUCCAAGCAUAAUUGACCAAGAACCAGAAGAAGAUGAAGACGAUGUUAUAAAUUCCAUCAAAACCAAACGAUACAGUAAUGAUGAAGAAAGAGGUUUAACUCAGAAGAAAAUAAUAAGAAAGUCAAGACCUGUUUUACCACAAGAUGAACCAGUUAGAUACGAAGAAGCACCGGAUGGAUCAAAUUAUAAUGAUAUGAAUCCACAACAAAGAAAAAGAAUGGAAUUAGAAGAAAAAAUGACAGCAGCAGUUAAAACAAAAUCUUUUAGAAGAAGAAAAGCAGAUGAAGAUGACCUUGAAAGAAUGCAAGAUGAUAAAAUUGAUCAUUUGAAAGAAUUGAUGAUAAAUGCUGCUAAUUUAGAUGUUGAUAAAAAUACUCAAGGACAAAUCGCAACUGAAAAAUUAAAAUUGUUGGAUGAUGUAACUAAUUUGUUAUCAAGAGCCGAUUUAGCGAUAUCAAUACUAGAUAAUAAUUUAUUGGAGGCUGUAAGAUUAUGGUUGGAACCAUUACCCGAUGCAAGUAUGCCAGCUUAUCAAAUUCAAAAAGAAUUAAUACAUUCAUUAGAAUCUUUACCAAUCAAAACAGAUCAUUUAGUUGCAUCUGGUAUAGGGAAAGUCCUUGUGUUUUAUCAAAGAUCAAAAAGAACAGAACCACAAUUGAAAAAAAUUGUUGAUAGAUUAAUUGGUGAUUGGACUAGACCGAUAUUAAAUAAAUCAGAUUCAUACAAAGAUAGAGCAGUACAAUUUGGCGAAUAUAAUAGAGUAAGAUAUUCAAAUAAAUUAUCUACACAUCAUAAAAAAUCAGAAGCUAAAACGUUAUAUGAACAAAAUGCUGAAAGAAGGAAAAGAGCAGCUAUACCUACUGCUAGAACAGCUGCUUAUAAAAUUGCUCCUCGUGUUGAUACCAGUUUAUUGAGAAGGCAAGCUGGUAGAGGUGCCGGUUAUGAUGAUAGAUUCAGAAGAAUUAAUCAAAAAAUUACAUCUAUGGGAGGUAAAAGAAAGGCAACUAAGAAAGGAGGACCUUCGAUUGAAGGUAGAGAUUUAAGUAUAUAG